AUGACAGAAUCUGGCGUUACAGCGGAACUAUCUACAUCAUCCGAGGCUACGCGUACUCUCACGACCCUCUCUGCAUCUGCGAAUACUGCGCUGGCAUGGGUGCCAAACCCAGGAGUAUGGCAGUUUGAUCCCCCAGAGCCGGCAUUCGAGUUGGAGCUGAACCUUCAGCCCAUGUCUCUCGACAGUGCCAUGCUUGGCACGGCGCUGGAUCGAAUGGGUUCUGUCAGUCAAAUGACAGGCUUGGGAUCCCAGGAACUCGCAUAUGCACUGUCCGGUCCAAGUGGCGGUUACAGUGCAACAUCGGAUGUCGCUCACCCUGAAGUAGUAUCAUUGGGUGCGAGCUCUUCCCCUUCAUUCGCAGCCCAGUUCUCAUCGUCUCCAACUGAAGCCGCUUCGUCGGUAUCUCCAGCCGAGUCCCUUUCUCACUCAUUUCCGGCCACCCGCUCUUCAUCUCGUUCAGCAACACCUGCCGCUCACCCUGAAGUAUUAUCAUCGGGCACAAGCUCCUCCCCUUCAUUCGCAGCCCAGUCCUCGUCGUCUCCAACUGAAGCUGCUUUGUCAGUAUCUCCAGCCGAGUCCCUUUCUCACUCAUUUCCGGCCACCCGCUCUUCAUCUCGUUCAGCAACACCUGCAGUCACAUCAGCCACUAUCCCUCCACUCCUUGUAUCAUCUGCACGUCGUUCAUCUCUGCCAUCCCAUCAGGAGCUGAACAGCGCUGUCGACUCUGCGGAUAUUGCCCCACCCUCAAUCACGGUGGCAAGUGCAAAUGUGGAUACAGGUCCAGCAUGCAAGCAUCAUCAAGGUCGGAGGCGUGCUGUGCCCGCUAUUCCGGCAGCUACGGAAACAGUGAAUGCCAGUAGGGAGGAUGGGGCACUCGCUGCGAAAUCAGGCCGGCCUGCACGAAUCCGUGUCGCGCCCAAGCAGGCCAAUGCUCAUUGGUCACGCAGUGGGAAACAGCAACCUAUCGUCACUGCAGGACCGGAGAAUCAGCCUUCUAAGCCACCGAUCUCACACAGAGGGAAGCGGGUUGCAGAAGGGCAGUAUGGCGGGCCACCAUUGAAGAAGAAAAAGUAG